AUGAUUAAGAGACCCUGCACACUGGAUUACAACUCCGCCGUCGGAUGUCAUCAAGACCACUGUCAGGUUGCACAGGACGCCAUGGAUUUCGAACCAAAAGGGCACGCCAAAGACGCUCUGUACCUACAACGCAAGGGCAACCGAUCUUCACGCCCUCCCUCAAGUUACAGGGCACAUGAAUUAUCACGUAAUCGCCUCAGGAAACAAAGUCCAGGAGUCUUCAGUGAUGAUAGACUCAUCAUUCGUGGUGAGAAAGUUCCGUCAAGGAGCGUUGAAGGCAACGUGGAUGCCAUACGCUCAUCUGUUAUCCAUUUUGUUCAUGAAAUCCUAUCACCUCGCCUGGGUAUCCUUCCCUUCCGCUGCAUGAGAAAACCAUCACUAUCAACAACUGGCAAUCUCCAACGCCAACGGUUAAUGACUCGGAAUAAGAUGCUUGUACGAGGAUUUGGAGGAGUCAUCCGCAAUGAGGAAUCCUUCUACAAAUUUGCCGUAGGUGACGGUGAAAAUCGGAAUGCCAGAAGGGUAGCAAAGGAUCGGGAUUUUUGUAUCAGGACUCCGGUUGUUGGUCUCUUAUUCGCUGCACGACUUUUUCAUGCAAUCCAUUUCCAUGGAAAAAACAUCAGCGGUGGACAUGGGAGUUACCCAAAGGCACGACUCAUGCAGAAAAUCAACCAUUCUCACCAAGCGAAGGCGCUCUUAUUUGACGUCAUAGUAGUACCAUCUUUCAACAGUGGUUCAGAUCACCGCCCUCGUCGAGCAAAAGUACGAUAUAACUGAAA